AAUAUGUCCAACUGUACCAUUGUAACUGAGUUCCUCCUCCUGGGGUUCUCUGACACUCGGGAGCUGCAGGUCUUACACUUUGUCAUCUUUCUAGCAGCAUACCUAGCAGCCCUGGUGGGGAACCUACUUGUUAUCACUGUUGUAACAAUGUACCACAACCUCCACAGACCCAUGUACUACUUCUUGGUGAAUUUGUCCAUCCUUGACCUUGGAUCCAUCUCUGUUAUCAUCCCCAAGUCCAUGGCCAAUUCUCUCUUAAACAUCAGGACAAUCUCCUAUUCUGGAUGUGUGACCCAGGUCAUCUUCUUCCCACUCUUUUGUAUAGCUGAUCUUGCCUUCCUCACCAUCAUGGCAUAUGACCGGUAUGUUGCAAUCUGCAAGCCACUGCAUUAUGAGACGAUAAUGAAUAAGAGAGCUUGUAUUCAAAUGGUUGCUGGUGCAUGGGUCGGUGCUAUUCUCUAUUCUACACUGCAUACUGGGGGCACAUUCAGCAUACCCUUCUGCCAUUCCAACACGAUCAACCAGUUUUUCUGUGAAAUCCCCCAGCUCCUCAAACUGUCCUGCUCUGACGCAUAUCUCACAGAACUGGGGAUUCUUGUAUUUAGUACAUGUUUAAUAUCAAGCUGCUUUGCUUUUAUAAUUGUGUCAUAUGUUCAGAUCUUGCCUACAGUGCUAAGAAUACCCUCUAAAGAGUCUCAGAAUAAAGCCUUCUCUACCUGCCUUCCUCACAUCAUUGUGGUCUCCUUGUUUGUGAGCACUGGGAUCUUUGCCCACAUGAAGCCCACUUCGGGUUCCCCCUCAGUAAUGGAUCUUUUUGUUACUGUUUUGUAUUCUGUGGUUCCUCCAUUGAUGAAUCCGAUCAUUUAUAGCAUAAGGAACAAGGAGCUGAAAGCUUCAGUGAGGAAUCUGAUCCAUAGGAGGGUAUUUGACAAUAAUACCAGAUUCAUCUCCAUCUCAUGA